GUGCAGCGUCUGGAUGCUCCUUAUUAAUCACAUCAGUUAUGCCUGUUAACAAUGUAAUUUGAAUUGUCACUGCACAACCACUGUCCCACAGCCCAGCCAGGCAGGCAAUUCAUACACUUUAUAUCCACUGGGGAAAAAACAUCUGGACAUUAUUUGUUGAGGUUUGAGUUACCGGAUGGAAAUGGUUUUGGCUGCGUCUCCCUAUGGGCCCUGGUCGAAAGUAGAGCACUACAGGGAAUAGUGUAAUGUUUUCUAAUGCAGACUUUGUCUUUGUCAAGAUGGUGACGGGAAGCUUGAGGGCAGGGAAAGUAGACUGUCAGGCCCACUAUCAAACCUGUCAGUCAGCUGGAAUCACAGCCUAUCCCAGCGUCCGAUUCUACCCACACCUGGGCACCAAGAAGCAUGACCAGGGAGGGGAGCACGUCAACAGCCGGGAUGCUACUAACAUCGCCAACCUCCUCCGUCAGAGGCUCCAGCAGCUAUCUCCAUGGUUACAUGGCAAGGCCGCCAACUUCAAGGAUGAAUUGUGAGUUCAAGAGGGUCUAUUCGAGAGAUUCACUGAGAUGCUUUUCCUUAAGGGAAAUGUAAACCAAGAACAGUCAAACCCACACACACUUAACAAACAUACUCUGAGAAGAGAGGUUUACUGCCAAAGAACAUUUGGGAUUUGUUUUUUUUGUUAAAUGGCAUUUUGAC